AUGGAUGACAGCUUGAUAGAUACAGCCAUAUCAAACCAAGACGAUAAUACCGAGGGUUUUGUUCAAGAAACUUUGAAUGAUGAAAUUGAGUUACCUGUCCCAGAGGCUGAGAAUAACGCCAACUCUUCAGAAUCGAACGAGAUAGAGAAAAAGUUGAGAUCUGAGAUAUCAAAGUUAAAGAUCGAGUUACAACGUAGCAAAGAAGAGGUAGCAAGCGAACAAAAGCUGAUACAUAAGAGUCAAAAUGGAUCUGAAUCAAACGGCAUGGCGAACGGUGACAGCGCACAAGAUGAACUCAAGAACUUGAAACAACAAUUAGAAGCAGUCAGAGAAGAAAGGGACAAUACUAAGUCAUCAUAUGACUCUUUAUUAAGUAGGCUAUCGUCUAUGAAGUCAGUAUUUGCAAAAAUGAAAGAAUCACAAGUCGACUUGGAGAAUACAAAGGAAGAGUUGACGCGCUUAACACAAGAAAAGUCUGAUCUUGAAGGAAAGUUAGAGGAGGCAACUAAAGAAAAUGAGAGGCUACAAUCUGUGAUGAAGAAGCUUGAGCAAGAAAGCUAUGAUUUGAAUAGCGAAUGUGAUAGAUUAAGUAAUUCUUUAACUGUCGUCAGAAGAGAACUUCAACAGAAAGAGGAUACUCUUCAAGACGAGAAGUAUGCAUUAGAAAAUACAAACUCAAGUCUAUCCAAGAAGAUCAACGAACUCAAACAUGAGAUAAACGAGUUUGGUCUAAUGAAGAGCGAAUUGACUAUGGAGCAAAAAUCGUUAUCUCUGAAAAUUGACGAAAUGACUGAUUCUUUAACUGGAAAGGAGAAAGAAGUGGAUUCUUUGAAUUCCACUGUUAAAUUAUUGCAAGAUACGAUUGCAAAGAAAGAUUCACAAAUCUCUGAUUUAAAAGCCAACAUGGAUUCUCAGUCAUUGGAAUUGAACAGAAAAACUGAACAUUUAGCAUAUGAGAACAAGACUUUGAACACCUCAUUGGAUGAAAAAAUGUCCCGAAUAAAAUCCUUGGAAUCUGAAGUUGGCCAAAUUGUAGAAUUGAAAACUGAGUUGAAUAACAAACAAUUGCUAAUUGGUAAACUUAGGCAUGAGGCUAUUAUCUUAAACGAGCACUUAACCAAAGCAUUAUCUAUGAUGAAACAACAGCUGUCAAGCUCCAACAAUACUAUAGAUAGGGAGCUCAUCUCCAAUGUCCUUAUCAACUUUUUACAGUUGCCUCGAGGCGAUUCCAAGAAAUUCGAGGCACUACAACUCAUAAGCGCAUUACUAGAAUGGGAUGAAUCGAAGCAGAUAAUGGCUGGUCUUUCUAACUCCCGUCAAUCUAAAAACGUUUCUGAAGGAGGCCAACCUUCAAGACAGAGUUUUGUAUCUUUAUGGACAGACUUUUUGGAAAAGGAAUCCAGUGGAAAGUGA